CAGAAAACGCGAGUGGACGUGUAUCAGAAAACGCGAUAAGUGAGAGUUAACUACGAUCUUCCGUUGCUGUUCGUCCUGUUACGAGGAAUAAAUAAAAUCAAUUGAAAUGGCUCUGGUGCCGGCUACAAACAAUACGGAUUGGGAUUACUGGGAUUAUCGUCGUCGGCUGUGGCGCGACUGGGACUUGAACGAUUGGGAUCUGCCCUACUGGAAGCGGUCUCUGUCUCGCGUCGGAUCCGCACCCGAUCUCAGUCGGGUUAUUGUCGGAAAGGAUGGAUUCGAGGCCAAUGUGGAUGUGCACCUGUUCAAGCCAUACGAGAUUACGGUGAAGACCACGGGCGACACGGUGGUCGUGGAGGCCAAGCACGAGAAGCGACGGGAUGGCGACACCUUCGUGGGUCGCCACAUCGUCAAGCGGUUCGUCCUGCCCCGAGGAUACUAUCCCAACGACGUGCGAUCGGAACUGUCCUCCGACGGCAUACUCACCGUCAAGUGCCCGCCGUAUUUGACCAACGAGCGAAGCGUGUACGUCCGCCAAGUGGGUCCUGCGUAUCUGAGCAUCAAAAACUAACCCCAGUCUAUAGCUUCGUAAUUUUGCGUUUUGUUCUUAGUUCUUUUCUGUUGGAGCAAAAAUUGAGAGACAAAAGUAAUGCACAUAAUUCUAAGACUAGAAUUGGACUCUUUUUGUAAUUAACAAGGCAACAUUUGUUUAGUUAAAUAAAAUAAAAGUUUAAUUUAUUAAUAAUGAA